AUGUCAGCCGUUGAGAUGAACGCCGCCGAGGUCCCCGCCCAACCGGGCAAAGACUGGUACGACUUUCCUACCGAAUGCGAGCGAUCCCUCACCUCGAUCAUGGCCCCUCGCAACAUCGUCAUCGUCGGGGCCGGCAUUGCCGGCAUUGCAUGUGCCCUGUCCCUGGCUAAAGAAUUGACCCCCUUUGUUCCCGACCUCGAGAUCACCAUCUUCGAACGUCACGACAUCCUCUCCACCUCCGGCGGCGCCAUUAACCUUACGCCGGUAGCACAGCGGCAUCUUGACCAACUCGGGGUGCUUGCCGAGCUCGACCGGCUCGGUGCGGAGGGCGGCUCGGAUGUUGACGCCAUUGAGAUCUUCUCCAGCCGGUCUGGACGGCAACUGGGGUCCAUCGAUUUCACAGACCAUGGCGGGAAUGGGUUCGGCGGAUAUAAAGGACGACGAGUGAUGCGUAUCAUCCUGUCGGUUGCCAUGCUGGCCAUGGUGGAGCGGACAAAGAAUGUGAACGUCGUCUUCGGCAAGAAGCUUGUACGUGGCGAGGAAUCCGAAGACAAAGCCACCCUGCACUUCUCCGACGGCACCUCCACCACGGCCGAUCUCGUGCUCGGCUGCGACGGCGUGCACUCGGCCACCCGCCAGCAAUGGAUUGACCCGACCUCGCCAUCCGAGUACACAGGCAUCUCAUUCGUGCAGAGUGUUAUCGACACCGAGAGCCUCAAGGCCCCUAUUCACUUCCGCUCCACCGCGAUGAACAUCUCCCGCCAUGGCUCGUUGAUCACAAGCUACUGUGACCGCGAGCACGAACAGAUCUUCCUGGCCGCCAUCGUCCAGGUCAGCGAGGACCUGCUGUCCCACUAUCGUCUCGAACCCGGCCAGGACUUCCGCAAGCAAGCCGCCAUCAAGCGAGCUCUGCGCGACGAGAUGAGAUCCCGCUUCGGCAAAUCCGCUAUCCCUUGUAUCCGCGAAAUGGCCAGCAAACCCGCCGACUGGAUGCUGUACCCCGUCUACCAAGUCAAGCCCGGUUCAAAGUGGCACACGGACCGAGUCAUGCUUCUAGGCGAUGCUGCUCACGCUAUGCCCCCUCGUGACGAAUCCGCUGCCUAUGCUCUCGACGACGCCAUCCUCUUCUCUCGAAUCCUCGCCAAACACCGACACGAGCCUCUCACGGCCGCAUUCAGAGCCUACGAGGACCUACGCCGAGACACCGUCAACUCAGCUUUCAAGUCCUCACGACGCAUGUGGGAAAAGCACCGAGACAUGAGUUUCCUGGAAGGACGCCUGAAGGAAUGGACGUUACCUUUCUAUCUAAAGAACUCGAAAGAGGCGCGCGAGGCUGCGUGGGAGUUCGAUGCUACGAAAAUCAGCAUUCCUGUUCCCGUUGAGGAGCAGAGUUCCAGCUCCUCGUACUCUUUCGAGAAAGAGUUUGCAAUUGCGAGAGUGAGGUGA